GGAGCAGCUGGCAGGAUGGGGGCUGCGGCCGCGUGUCUGUCGCCUGGUUAUGCUUUGGGGCUCACCACGUUGGACUGAGAUCACUGGAGAGGAUCUGGGAGACUGCAGAAGGGCAGUGUGCAACAGACAGAGCUCUCCACUACUGUAGAUGGGGCGCUGGAUAUGCUGCCUUUGCUCCAGAGUUGCAGAUUGGUUGAUGCUGCUCCUGGUUUUGGCUCGUAGCUCUAACCCUUCUGCAGCAGCAACAGCUUCACCGUCUGCGCCCCACGUCAGACCCAGCUACAGCUUUGGCCGCACUUUCCUGGGACUUGAUAAAUGCAACGCCUGCAUUGGGACGUCCAUUUGCAAGAAGUUCUUUAAGGAGGAAAUAAGGUUUGACACCUGGCUUUCUUCUCAUUUAAAGCUGCCCCCCAGCUACCUGCUCAGCUACUUGGGCAACUACACCGAUGAUACCCAAAGCUGGAGGAUGGUUGACAUCACCCGCCUGACCACCAAGUACCAGCAUGACCGGGCUGACCAGCGCAUCUGCACCUCCCUGCUGAAGACCAAAACAUGCAGCCUAGAGCAGGCCCUGCGCCGCACCCAUCGCUUCCAGAAGUGGCUGAGGGCCAAGCGCCUCACGCCCGACCUGGUGCAGGGUCUGUCCAGCCCCUUGCUGCGCUGCCCAUCCCAGCGUCUUCUGGACCGGAUUGUGAGGCGCUACGCUGAAGUGCCAGAUGCUGGCAGCAUCUACAUGGACCACCUCACGGAGCAGGACAAGCUGCGCCUCCUGUACACACUGUCAGUGAAUUCACACCCUAUCCUCUUACAGAUCUUCCCUGAUGUGGAAGGGUGGCCCUUCCCACGGUAUCUGGGCUCCUGUGGGCGGCUGGUGGUCAGCGCCAGCACCCGGCCUCUGAGCGACUUCUUCAGGGCAGCCCCUGAGGUGGCAGCUGACCUGGCCCUCCAGCUCCUCGCCGUCCUCCGCUCCAUGGGCAACAACGACCUCAACUAUUUCUUCUACUUCACCCGUGUGGACGUUGGCACCUUUGGCGUGUUCAGCAACGGGCAUCUGUUCAUCCGGGAUGGCAGCACGCUGGGCAUCAUCGACAAGGAGGAAGGGAGCCAACCGAUGGAUGGCCAACAGGACUAUAAGGAUAUAUUUAGCUGUUUGACCGUGGACUGCCAGUCUGCAUUUGUGUCCUGUAACUCCAUCAGAGAGAAGCAGAGCCUUGUCUUGGUGUGUCAAGAGCUUUUACCUAAGCUCCUGAAGGGGAAAUUCCUGCCACCUGUACAGGAGAAAAUAGACAGCUUCCUACAGCACUGCGUAGAGGGCCUCACUGAUGACCAGGAUGUCAAUGAGGCAAUGGCAAAGCUGGCACAUCUCCUGAAGCCUCUGCAGUCUUGUGAUUCACGUUUUGCCUACCGCUACCCCGACUGCAAAUACAGUGACAAAUACUGAUGGUUUUGAAGGAAGGCUGCCCAAGAAGGAUUGGGCAGGGUCAUCCCCAAGCAGUGUAAGAAGAAGAAGGAACCAGAGUAGCUGAAUGGAGCUGCACCAAUUCCGGGGCUUCCUCACGUUGAUGAAGGAGUUGGGAACAGAGUGCACAUAGGAUUUAUUGUUCGUCUCCCAGAGAUGCAUUUGUUACUUGGGAUGUUAGAUGUGAUGUAAGGCUUAUGGAUUAUAAACAUUAUCAUGAGAGACAGAGACUACAGGAUUAAUAAAUCUUCUUCAUGUAUUUUGGCCUUGGAAGAGUUUUCCGUGCCAUCCAUUAAAGAGAAGACCUCUGAAGGCAGUGUGCUCACAGCUAGCUAGAUAGCAGAAUUUUAUUGCCAAGUACAAUUUCCUGAUCAAGAUGAUAUAUAUAUAAUGUGAGAUGGAUGGAAGCAUUUAAGACUUUAUUUGUGGAGAUUUUUAAUGCUCUAAAAAUCAUAGACAAACUGAGCCACCUGAUGAGUUCCUUACCUUCAUUCAUCACAGAUCACCCAAUGUCUCUUGAGACCUAAUUUUUCUAAUCCUACAAUAUACUUACUUUUAGUCUUUUCCAAGUUAAUUGGCAGUAAUUGGAGUCUAAUAAGUGUUCUUGUUUACAGGUUAAAAACAAACCAAAAUAACAACAAAAAAACAACUCUUAGAUGUGGCUGUCCAGAAGACACUUUCAUACUUUUCUCUCUAAAGCAAACAGGAAGGAAGCAUUUGAACAAAACCAUUAAAAUGGGAAAAUUACCUUAAGAAGAGAAACAACAUGGCCAGAGGUUGAGAUAUUAGUUUACCCUAGCAGUGAAACCAUCUGAACAUCUAUCCCUGCUUCCUCAUUCAUUUGCUUUUUAAAGGAGAAAUUGGAAGUCAGUCCCAAAGGAGUGACUCAGGUACCUACAAUUUGAGGUGGUGGACUCGGUUUUCACACAGAAUUAGACACAUGUGCCUUGUUUUCUGCAGAAAGGUUGCAGAAGUUGCAGAAUAGAAAAACAUGGUUUGCCUAGAAUCAAAGAAUGCCUGAAGUUUGAAGAGACAUCUAGAGGUAACCAGGUCCAACCCCUGCUCUAGCAGGCACACCAAAGGUAGGGUGUCCAGGUGGCUUCUGAACAUCUCCAAAGAGGAGACUCCACAACCCCUCUGGCAGCCUGUGCCUGUGCUCCAUCACCUGCAUAGUGCUGCUGUUCAGAUGGAGCAUCCUGCUUUCUGGUUUGUGCCCACUGCCUUUCAUCAUGUCACUGGUAACCAUCUAAUCUGUGUUGAUCCCCAACCCACGAGUUCUUUGUGAGGUGUCAGAGAAACACACUAAACUUUCCCUAUGUUCAAGGGGGCUACUUCUCUUCUGGUAUUCAGGCAUGCAGGAGUCACCGACCAUAUUUGACUAAGCUGAGUCAGAAGCUAAAUGUUCUGGAUCCCCCUGUAAGUAUUUUCAUCAUGGAAACAGUCUUCCUCUAGCCAUGGUUCAAAAAAGAAACCAGUAACAAGCAUAAAACCAGAAAAAGAUGAGAGUGCAUUUGCAUUGGUAAUGAUUGUACAGAGUUAAAGGGAAAAGGAAAGCAAAAUUUUGUGCUGGCUGUGGAGGGGUUCUGUUCACACAGAGCACCGGGCCUGGGGUGAAGGCAAUGCAUGUCAGGUAUCCAAAAACACAUGCCAUUCUGACACUGGGAAAAUCUGACCUAGGACAUUUACUUUUCCUCUUGGCAUGAAACAUGAAGUACACCUUUCACCUCUCAAGAAGCAGAAACAUUGAAAAUAAAAUGUAGGUAAAUUUAGCUUGAGGUCCAGAUGGUUCAACAGAAAAAAAUGUUUAAAUAUACAGCCUAAGCUACUGUUGCAGCCUUCUUUCAUGAUUUCAGUCUAUUUCUACAUCAUGGCUCUCUUCCAGUAUGAAAAACAUGUCCUUUGCUAGAUCCAUAAAGCUGCCUAACAAUCUGUUUUCAACAGUUUUUCUGGAAUCUGUCUGCAUCUUUGAUCUCUCAGUCUGUGAUUUUACCUAAAGCUGCACCUUGGCACCAGGCUCCUUCCCCUCCAGCAAGUUUCCCUUGCUGGCAGCCCCUCACUGGGGAAGGAAAAUCUCCUGCUCCACCACCACUCACUAAUUAGUAAUUAGGUGCUACCCCCUGGGAUGCUUGUUGUCAUCUUGCACUCAGUGCUGAAGGGCUCAUACAUUUGUAAGCAAAAUUGUCCAAAAAGGCCUAACGGGAAGAACUCAUCUGGUCCAAUAGAAUCACAGACUCAUGGAAUGGUUUGGGUUGGAAGGGACAUCAAAUCCCACGCUGCCCCAACACCUGCCAUGCAGGGCUGCCUCCCACUGGCUCAGGCUGCCCUGGGCCCCAUCCAACCUGGCCUUGAGCACCUCCAGGGAUGGGGCACCACAGCUUCUCUGGGCAGCUGUGACUCACCACCCUCUUCUUCACAUCUAACCUAAAUUUCCCUUCCCUCCAUGCCACAGGAGAAAUCAUUUGCAAACGAUGGGUCUGCGGAAAGGUCUUCACUGUCAGCUCGUGACUCAGGUCUGAGCCAGCACCAGGCAAAAGGACCUAUGGUGUCAUAUGGGCUUUGAGUGGACCCUGACAUCCUGUGAUCCUAAAAUGCCAUGUGGGAAGAAAGGAGGAGCCAUGGCCUUACUCUGCUGCUGGACCCAGGUGGCAAAAUGUCAGCAGGAGUUUUAUGGCACGCAGGGUCUACUUUCAUACAACUUGAUUAAAAGUUGUUGAAGUUGAGAAGGGUGUCCCCACUUCCUUCAGUAGGCUUUGAUAUGAUUAUUUUUUUUCAAAUGUGAUUAAAAAUAUCUGGAUCGUGGAUUUAAAAAUACAAAAGCAGCAGAAGCUGCGCUGAUCAGCAGUUUCUCUUCAGACAUAGAUUACAAAGGCCAAGCCUAUGUAAGACCAUGACUAAUAUGCCAGGCAUAGAAUCAGUCCAUGGCUCAGAAAGUAAUAAUUUUCCUAAACUAAAUCUUAUUUCCCUGUAUUUCUCUGGCCUUCUUUUUUCACUGCCAAUUUUUUACUUUAAUAUUUUCUUUUCUCUUGGCAGUCAGACCCUGGAAUCAGUGCCCACCCUGUCUGCCAGCUUCAGUCAGGCCUUGAAAUGCGAGUAGGCCACAAUCCAAAAGGAUGUGAAAUUAAUUUAUAAAUGGCAAUUAUUUUAAACCUAAUCCUCCCCAAAAGAACUCUCGAGUAAUUUUUUCCUCUCUGCAUUUGAGUUAUUUCUGACAGCGGCUUUGUGCAAGCCUUUGCAAACUGUUCCUGCUAACAGCGUAGAGCGUUCCAGCCCUGCUGGUUUCUGCAACAAGAAGAGAAACUGCCUUGGUCCUCUACCAAUCCUAUGUGCAGUCUGAAUGCUUCCUAUAUCUCUGUGGUCUUUAUGUCCAUGUGUUUAUUAGGUGUCUCUCUUGCUAUAUAAUAUCCUGCAUUUUUUUAAGCUUUUAUGUCAAGAGAGUCUUGGUUCAUAAAACUGUAUUUUCUGCCAUGUUUCAUCUAGUGGCAUACUUUAAUACUCUCAUUUCUCAGGGUGGCAGCAAGUGAUCAUCACUUUACUCCCUACUCCCCUCUGGGCUUCCCACAAGGUGCUAUCCAGAAAGCAUUGUGGCAUUUUCAAGAAUCUGGUAUUGGUGCUCAACAGCUCCUUUUUGCUGGAGCAGCCAGACAAACACAUUUUGAGUGAGGGCCUUUCCAGCAAGCUCAGCCAAACGAUGUUCAUUGUAGGUGCUUUUCAUUUGCCUUCUGAUUAUCUGAGACUUUAGGGUGCUCUUGGGUCUCAUCUGCCAAUCACUCUCUACAGCCAGGUGCUCCAGAUACUUUAUUGCUAAUUCCUCCUAAGUGAAACCUCAGCUUCUUCCAUUAUCACAUGAAUCUGGAGAGAAAAGCCAUAACAAAGUUCUUGAAUGUCAUGAGACACUUGAAAUCACAACAACCGGCACCAAGGCUUUCUGAAUUGGUUUAGCAAGAUGCAUUAAUUUGAUUAAUAGGUAUAUCUAGUUGCCACUGUAUCCUAUAUUACUCUAACUCUCUGCUAAAAGGAGCCUGGGUAGGCAUCUUGAAAUUCAGAACAAGUAAACAUGAAUUUCAGGGAAAGAAAAAUGAAAUGAAAACAGCUGCUCAUGGAAAGCACACUGUGGGGAUGUAGAGAUGGAGGUACCCUUUUCUUCCUUACUGGUUAGAGAAAAUGGCCAAAUCAUCUGCUCUCCUCUGCAAGGAGAUGAACUCAGCCAAAGGGUGUCUGGCUUGUUCUUAGCCACUGUCAUCAAGGAAGGCUUGAACAGCCAAAAAGAGACCCACAGGGAAGGGUGAGGCUGACCCAGAAGUCCAGAAAAAUAAAACAGAAGAAAAACAGACAGAAAGAUGGGACACUUAAUAAGAAUAAUCAAACAGAAAGAAGGUAGCAAGAACAGGAUGAGAAUAAGCUGCUCUUAGAAUUCUGUGAUUGUGUCAUUCUUCACUUCAGUGUUGGACAGGAAUGUGGGUUUAUGUGGUACAUAGUACACUAGAUAUGCUGCAGUAAGACUAGCAUGGAAAUGGGUAGAGGAUCUGCAAGGUCUGUGCUUUUAGGAGACCUGAAGCCUCAUGAUUGCACAUGGCUCCUGGAGGAGUGGAGGCUGGCUGCUGGAGAUUAUCCAUGCAAGGGUGGCCACUGAUGCUGGGAGACCCACUCGCCUCAGUUAUCUCCAGCAGGUGUGACAAAAUGUCAGCCCUUAGAGCUUUGGUUCAUAUAUCUUACAUGGAGACAAAUCCUCCUAAAAAAAAAAAAAGGAGAAAUUGGAGGACCACCAGAAGGGAAGGAGCAGCAAGAAUAAUCCAAUUUUCUCACUACAGAUAGAAACUGUGUUUCUGGAAUAGUUCUGCUCUGCAUUUUAAAUCUGUGCUCUUUAGAGCAAUGAGAGGAAGCUCUUCUUUCUCAGCAGAUCUCCAGUUGGAGCUGAAGGACGCUGCUUGUCCUAUAAAGGAGUCCCCACUGCUACCAGCACUCCUUGAUCCUGCUCUAAGGGCCGUGAAAAUCCCACUACUGUUUCUCACCUCUUCCUACUACCAAGCUGGGUCAGGGGCUGGUUAUGUGACCCCAGCCCUCUCCUAAUUUUACUAGGAAGAAGACAACAAAUGUUGCCUCAGCAGGAAGAGACAAAUGAGCGCUGGUGAGAGCCAGAGCUGCACCUCCUUCACCUCCACCACCUCCACCAGGUCCCUGUGUAGCACCUCUCCAAGAGUACCUCACUUCUUCAGGGACGAACUGGCUGGGAUUUGCAGCUUUUUAACACCAAGCUCUAUUCUUUCUAACACAAUGGAUAUAAAUUUAGUCUAAAGCAAACUUGUUCAGUGUUUGAAAGAGCAGGAAUACCCCAACCUCUUCUCUUGGGAAUUUAAGUAACAAGUUUGUCAGGUUUCUCAGUCCUAUAGUACUACUAUAGAGCAACAAUACAUACAGAUACAACCUUGCCUUACAUAGUUCAUCUGCUAUGUUACAUGUAAAGUAGCUUUUUAGAUUAACACCUACGGAAAUGUCAUGUUAAGUUCAGCAUAUUAUGUGUUUUAAAAGGACCAUGUCAGUCAUGCUGUACUUCUUUUUCCUUUCAAAAUUUAAACAUUCAGUUGGAUAGAGGCUUGUCAAUUUCAUUCCUCUAGUGAUGUCUUAAAAUAGUGAGCUUUUCUUCUUCUUCUGAAAAUAAUAAUAAUAAUAAUAAUCAAGCCAUUAUGAAUAAUCAGACUUUUCACAGUGAUGAAAAGACUUCCCUCUCUUCAUGUUCUUGGUAUAUGAAAAACUCAAGAGAGGUUCACCUUUGGAUUUUUGCUCUGCUCUGGCUAAAGCCGCUGUAAACAUUGACUCAUUUUUUCCAACCUCCUGAAGCUGGAGACAAAGAAAUGUUAAAUGUUUGUACUACCUCUACUAGCCAAACAAAGCAAGGACUUGCCUACAAUCCAGGUACUGCUGAGGAAAAGGAGGGAAAAGACACUGGAAUGAUGAUGGAACUCCAUCACUCCAGAUGUCACUGAAGGGAGUCUCUGUAUCACCACUCCUCUUCCAAAAUAUAAAUCCCCUCAGCAGAUGGGCAAAGGCUGGGAACAGUUGCCCAGGUUUUGGGAAACUAGUUACAUAUUCUUUCCCAUUUUCACUCACAGCAUUGCUUGCAUUGCCUGUCUCCUUCCACCGGAGACUGGGUCUUUGUGCCUCUUUUGGCAUUGUGAAGGCUGCACAGGAUCAUACCCCACAAGUCCCAGAGAAUCACAACAUUUUCCAAGGAAGACUGGGGUGAUGCCUGAUUCUCAGGGACUUUCAUCAUAGAAUCGUGGCUUGGGUUGAAGGGACCUCAAAGACCAUAUAUUUCCAACCCCAGCUGUGGGCAGGGCUGCCUCCCCCAAACUCAGGCUG